AAUGUAUGCUCAACGGAAGUAAACAAAGCAGUUUGUUGCAAUUUUGCAUAAAUCCUUGUCUCUUGCAUCUAACAAUUCAUACCAACAGUAAAUCAUCACCAUAACAGCAAUGUGAAAUUUAAAUUGAACAUGUCUAAAAAGAACCAUAAACCUCCAUAGAAAUAUUCCUGCAAACGAAGUAACAACAUGGAAUUCUCAAAUUUCUGUGUCACUCAGUUCAUAGUGACAUAUAUAUGUAUUGCAGCUGGCAAAUUUGCCUCUGAAGUGGUUGUCUCAGUUACAGAAACACAAACCAACCAAGUGACCUUGAUGAUAAAAAAGCCUGGUGAGCCAAACCAGCCACUGAACUUACCAUGCCGUUUCUGUUAUGUUCAAAUAGUGACUAAAGAACAAAAAUGUGUAGAUCAGACAGAUUUUUUAGGACAUACAAAUAUUACCAUCCUACAUUUACAACCAGACACAAAUUAUAAUGUAUUUGUAGAAUGCGGUGAUGUUCUAUCAUCGAAUAAACUUCAAUUCAAAACAGAAAUCCAACAAGGCAGUACUACAUCCUCUGGACCGGAGGUUGUAUAUAAAGAAAGUCAGUUGUUCUCAGCGACAACAUUAGAUGUAGUUCUUGGUGUUUUGUUUGGAGUUGUUGCCCUUUGUAUUUUGGCUGUUACAUCAUUAUAUUUGUACAGACGACACCAAAGAAGAAGGAGGUUACAAAACUUUCUCAGGACUCCACAUACAGAUCCAUUUGAGAGUUUACAAGAUUAUGUUGAAGGAGAUACUGGUAGUCAAUUCAUGUAGUUGAAUAGAAUUCUAAUGAAAUCUUGUGACAUACUACACUUGGACUUUGUCUUGUGAGAGACAGAACUGCAGAAUCAUCACUAUAUUGACAGAUAGGAGUUAACUUAUAUUUGAGCAUAAUUUGAACAAUAUCAAAAUGUGAUAUAUAUUCUUCAUUUGAAUAUGUCGGUUUUACAUUCAAUUAUGUAGAAAUUUGAAUUAUUAUUUAAAUUUUAAGGAAAAUAUAUUUUGUAUUUCAAUAUGAUUAAAACCUCAAAUAAGCCAAAAAAAAUAUUUUUGUACAUUCAAUGAACACAGUGCAGGGUUUGGUAAAAUUCAAUAUUAAAGUCAUAUUAUAGGUUACAUGUUAUAGCAAACAUUAUGUUAUUGUAUUUUUGUUGUUGAUGUGUUUGUAUUUUGGUAUCUAAUACCAAUGGAAAUAGCCCCUAUUUUAAUUUUGGUGAAAAUUUGCAUUUUGUUUGAUUGUUUUGGUGUCAUAAAAAGAAUGCAAAUAUGCUUCUGUUCCUAUCAACAUCUUGUGAUUAGUGUUGUCAACGGUUAACCAGUUAAACGGUCGAAUGACCGAAUACCGAAUACCAAAAACGCUAACCGGUUAACCAGACUUUUUUCAAUUUCGAUAGAUUUGAUAUAAGUUUGUGUUGAAAAUUAAAUCAUUAAAUAGUUAUGUUUUAUUUAAAAAUUGUCGUGGUGGUAAUUAGUUUGACAGAUCAAUUGUCCAGUAUAUUGAUUGCUAUUGUUAAUCCUUAAAACAUAAAAUUAAUUAAAGUUCGGGUUAGGAUCUUUAAGAAACAUAAUAUUAAAGUAAACAUAUUUUUUUAACCAAAACUUUAAAUCAGUAAUGAGAUUUAAUUUUACUAAUUACUUCAUUAUUUUGUUUUCGAUCUGAUAUUGUGUAAACCUACAUUAAUUGUGCCACCUCCGUAGUGCAAGGGUUAGUCUUUCUUUAAAUUCAUAAAUUGUGAAACGUAAACCAAUGUGAAUGUAUUAAAUGUAUAUGCGAUAGUACCAGUAACACGCUUAAAGAAAAAAAAGAAACACAGUGAAGAAACAGGUCGUACAGCAUGUACAAUGAACCUAUAGUUGUUAAUUUCUGUGUCAUGUUGGUCUCUUGUGAAGAUUUGUCGCAUCGGCAAUCAAACCACAUCUUCUUUUUUAUAAUUAAUCAUUUCAAAUUGAAACACACCCCAUUAGUUUCGGAGACAACAAGAGAAAAGGAAAGAAUAAUGGGUUUCAGACAAAUGACAUAUUCAAUUCUACGAGAUUUUUGUUUUUGAUUUUUCUGUCUGAAGUUGGUACAAAUGCUAUAGUUGCUACUUUGUAUUUGAUUAUUAAAAGUCAAACUUCGCCAGGAAUCCUCACAGACAAGCCUUAUAAUGCUUAAGGAAAAACUUAAAUUCUAAAAGCGUAUUCAUGACUUGGAUGAAAGGUUGUCAAAUUUACACUCAUACCACAUCUUAUAUCUAUGUGUAGGGUUCUAUUGAUAAUGCUUUCAAACACCAACUUAAAUUACCGGUUAAUCGGUCGAAUGAUUAUCCGAGUAACCGGUUAGGCAAAAGUGUACGAUUUGACAACACUACUUGUGAUAAAAGCCAAAUCCUAGAAAUAAGGCCAGUAUUUGGGCCUUAUCGAAGCUACUUAUUUAUAUUUCGAACUAUUUUUAUAUGCAUUUUAAAUUGCCACUGGAUGUUAAGAAAGCAAAUAAAUCAAUCAAAUUAUGUUAUACAGGGAAAAAAGUCAAGUACACAUCUCCUUCUCAACCAAUGGAAUUUAAGGAAACUAAGAUUUUCAGGACUUAGGGGCAUUGCUAAUCUUACUUAUUAUUUUUAGAUAAGAAUUAUUUUUAUUUGGGGUUUUCCUUUGCAAAACACUUUGGUUCUUUUAUUCAAUUUAUGCUUUAAAAAGCAAUUACAGGGGUUUUCUAAUUAGUACAUGAAAGUUGCCAUCAUGUUAAUAUGAGUUUACAAAUACAUUUGUAAAGAGAUUUAGACAAUGUUUUCCUAAACUAGAUAUACCUUCUGGGUUUUUUUCAGUUGUACUUUUUAUGAUUCAUCCUUUUCUCAUCUUAGAAUCUCUUCAAAAUGAUUCUCAAGAGGUUGAAAUCUUUUGCAUUAGACUUUUUUUUUUCAUCUGAAUUGUUUCAAUCCUUUAUUGUCGGUUUCCUUCAUUAUUUACAUACAAAUAGUUAUCAGAAAAUUAAUGAAUCUUUAGUUUUACAUUAGUUCCAUCAGUGGUGCAUAAACUAUAAAACUGGAAAACCAAUUAUAUGUCAGUGUAAAAUCAUUUAAAUCUUUCAAAAAAUGAAAUUAUAAUUCCUUUAAGGUCAAAAGGUAUUUAAAAGACUUUUUGACUUCUAUUGGAUUAUUAUUGUUCAGAGGCCAGUCAGACCAUAUAUCAAAAUUCAACGAAUAACUUGUGAUUAAUCAUGGUUGGCUUACAUGAAAUAAUGUUUCCAAAUUAUACACCAAUUUUGCUUAAAGCAUGUAAUCACAAAUUAUAUUAUAAUGUAUUAGUUUAAACCAUACAAAUGAUGAUAAGCUUUAAUUUAUAACAAAAUGUUAAUAUGUAACCAGAAAAACAUGAGAGCUUUGAUAAUUAUGUUUCAUUUUUAUAGAAUCAUAUUAUCUACUCACAUAUCAUUGAUUUCGUUAUCAAGUAACCAGGUUGCUGUAUUAUAAAAUGCUUGCUUUUUUGUAAACUGACAAACAGUGUUUAACACAUAAGUGAAAUCAGUUAGACUUGUAUUGAAUGUGAUGAGACCAAUCAAUUCCUGUUAUUAUUUUAAAGGGAAAAUAUAUAAAAUUUCUUGGCUGAAAAAUUUAGCGCCUCCAUCUCCUACGUAAAAUAAGAGGUAAAGAUCUAUAUGUAAGGAAAUUUUAAGAUGUAUCAGACAGUCCAAAUUGAGUUAUUGCCCCUGAACUAAAGUAAUUUCUCAGUUUUUGGUUGAAAUCUUGAAAACAUUAUAGAUCAAACUUAUUUUUUUACACACUUAGUUCAAUGCUUUAGUAACUGUGUUGACAAAUUAAUUUUAUUGUCAUCUUUUGGUUGUUGGAAUACUGAUUUUAAUUUUUUAAUUUAAUUUAACUAAUUGCAUUAUGUAGUACAUUUCGUAAUAUAAAAAAAAUCUUUAUUUUAAUUUUAUCUGAUUUAUUGUACAAUUUAUAUGUUAUGUAUUUUAAUAAAAAUAUACAUUUGUA